CCGUGACUACUGCGGUGACCGAUGGGGCUUGUAGUCACCUACGAAUUGUCAGGAGACCCCCCAAAAAGACUACUCAUCCCAGGAGUCCUCGUAUCAGAGGCGGGUUUCCCCCCUGUCUUUCUGCGCGCCCCUUAAUCCUUCCUUGGACUCCAACUCCCGCCGUGCCUUGCGCUGAGCUCCCUGCGGCGGUGAAUGGGGCUGUGUCCAAAGUGUUCUCUGGGAGUUGUAGUUCCUAUAUUGGUGAGGCGAGGAGGAGGCGGAGUGACUCGGCGGCCAUUAGCUGUGUGUAGUUGCCCGGGACUGGGAGCUUAAGUGAAGAGGGAAGGCUUAUUCGGUGGAAAUCAGCUGUGGCUAUGGGCUCCUGCCGGGGCUAGCCCUAGAGUACGGAGAAGGCGGGCUUUUCGGUUUCCUGCCCCGCCGAGUGGCGGGGCCCACUAGGCCCCGGGCAUCCUCGGUCUCAAGUAGGCCUCGUCUGCCGGCAAGGGCGCCCCAAAGGCGGGAGGCGCCAUGUCGCUGGUUGCUUACGCCAGCAGCGAUGAGAGUGAGCCAGAUGAGGCUGAGCCGGAGCCGGAGGAGGAGGAGGCGGCGGCCCCUACAUCUGGGCCCACUUUAGGGGGCUUGUUCGCUUCUCUCCCCGCACCCAAGGGUCCGGCCUUGCUGCCUCCGCCCCCCCAGAUGCUGGCCCCAGCCUUUCCCCCGCCGCUGUUGCUGCCCCCACCCACCGGAGACCCCCGGCUCCAGCCUCCUCCCCCCUUGCCCUUCGGCCUGGGAGGCUUCCCCCCACCUCCAGGCGUGAGCCCAGCUGAAGCGGCGGGAGUUGGGGAGGGGCUGGGAUUGGGGCUGCCCUCGCCCCGAGGCCCUGGCCUGAGCCUGCCCACCCCUAUCGGCGGUGCCGGGCCCCCCCUGGGGCUUCCCAAGCCAAAGAAGAGGACAGAGCCCGUGAAGAUAGCGGCGCCGGAGCUGCAUAAGGGGGAUUCAGAUUCUGAGGAAGAUGAACCCACAAAGAAGAAAACUGUCCUUCAGGGAUCUGGUGAGGGGACUGGUUUGUCUGCCUUGCUUCCCCAACCUAAAAACCUGACUGUGAAAGAGACUAACAGGUUGCUCCUGCCCCAUGCCUUCUCCCGGAAACCCUCGGAUGGCUCCUCUGACACUAAGCCCUCCAGACAGGCUUCUAAGACCAAGCCCUCCUCUCUUGCCCCUGUUGUGGGCACCACAACCACCACUCCGUCACCCUCUGCCAUCAAGGCUGCUGCCAAGAGUGCUGCCCUGCAGGUGACGAAGCAAAUCACACAGGAGGAGGACGACAGUGAUGAGGAAGUCGCCCCCGAGAACUUUUUCUCCCUCCCUGACAAGGCCGAGCCACCUGGAGUUGAGCCAUACCCUUACCCCAUCCCCACCGUCCCUGAAGAGCUGCCUCCAGGCACGGAACCAGAGCCGGCCUUCCAGGACGAUGCAGCCAAUGCCCCCCUUGAAUUCAAGAUGGCAGCAGGCUCAAGUGGGGCCCCUUGGAUGCCUAAGCCUGGGGACGACUACAGCUACAAUCAGUUUUCCACAUAUGGCGAUGCCAAUGCCGCUGGUGCUUAUUAUCAGGAUUAUUACAGUGGUGGCUACUAUCCUGCACAGGACCCGGCCCUGGUCCCCACCCAGGAAAUUGCCCCAGAUGCCUCCUUCAUCGAUGACGAAGCAUUUAAGCGGCUGCAGGGCAAGAGGAACCGAGGAAGGGAGGAGAUCAACUUUGUGGAGAUCAAAGGUGAUGACCAGCUCAGUGGGGCCCAGCAGUGGAUGACCAAGUCUUUGACAGAAGAGAAAACCAUGAAGUCAUUCAGCAAACACCUGUUGCCAAUGGUACUGGAGUAUGCACCGAGCCUCACAGAUACAGCUGCUGCCUUCCAGAACUUUGCAGCAUUUUGCCCUCCAUCUGGAUGGUGGAGUCUGGUUGCUGAGGUUGAACGGUUGGAGCAGUUUCCUGUCCUGCACCUGGAAGCUCUCUGACGUGUUGUGGCUCCUUCCCUGCCUGGACAGAAUCCACAGCUGCUCUGCCCUCUCCCUACGCUCACGUCCCUCUCCAUCCUGAGAGGCUGGGACCUGGCUCAGCACGUCUCUGAGGCGUGAGCACAGCAGAGCCUCUGGAGUCCUCUCUCAGGACUGCAGCCCCUUCUCUCCUUCCUUUCCAUUAUUCAUUGCAGCCAGCCGUGGUCUUUUCAAAUGCUUUAUUCCUCACAUUUCCACACCACACUCCUCCUUUCUCUGUGCUAGUUUUCCUCAGUCAGUAUGAUGAACAUCUCUUCACCUAGUAGCUGAGUACAGCAAAUGUGGACAUUUAUGAGGCUGCCACAGCGGGGAAAGUGUGGGGAAGCCCUGGAUUCGAGCCCAGCACCAGCAAGGCUAAGGUCGGGCAUUUUAGUCCCUUCUCCUCCCCCCAUUUUCUCUGCUUUGUUCUGUGGUCACAGAUGGCCAUCUGAGCCCCAGCCGUUUAUUUUAACUGAAUGCUGGCGGUCAUACAGGACAGAGCAAAGGAUUGUGGUUAGAUCAGCAUAGAUCCAUCACUGUUUACUGGAAAAGCCACUUAGGAGAGCAUGCUCUACUAACUGCGGGUCGGGAGGCAUCAUCACAUAGUAAUAGCUGCUGUCGUUACUGCUCACCCUGGACCGGGAGUGGAGCUGGAUGGGUUAUGUUUGUCAUCUUUAACUGUCACGUUAAAUGACGUGAAAUAGCAGCAAGGAAUUGGAAUUUACUCUUUUCCCAGGUCCACAUUUUCUUUCCACCAUCUCAUUGUAUUGAGCUAGAUUUUUAAAAAAGAAGAAAAAGAUAGAGUUCCUGUCCUUGAGGAGUUUAGAGUGUAGUUGGGAAAAGAGGUUUAAGGACACUUGAGUGUAAAUGAUUACAGUGCAAAUUGAUUACAUAAGUGCUGAGGAGGCUCCAGAGAGGAGUUUUGGGAGUUGGGUGGGGCUGAUGAGGAAGCUUCCAGUCUGAGACAACACUGGCAGGGGACAGAAAAACCACAGAAUGAAAGCCCAGACCAAUAUAGACUUGGACAGUAAAUCAUUUGCAUCAGAGUUUGGUUAGGGGUUCAGUGCAGCUACGGGUGGAGGCUGGAAGAUUGGAGAGAGGUGCAGUGAUUGUGAAAAUUUGAAUCCAGGGAAGCUCUUGGCACUUACUAGGAGGAGGGAGGCGAGGCUUCAGCCAAAGAUGACUGAUGG